AGGUUUAUUUAAUGCGAAGGAAGACUCGAAUAACAUUCCUCUUAUUCUUGUUAACCAUGGAAAUUCUCUUAUUCUUUUACAUCCAAACCUCAAUUGUGAAAUUGAACUCUUGGUCAACACUGAGGUAUAAUAUAUCACCAACCACUAAACCGACAACAAACUCACAGAGAACGCGAGUGAUUAUUGUCGCGCAUGGAAGGUCGGGAUCGUCCUUUCUUGCGGCUAUUUUUAACUCGCAUCCAGAUUUCUUCUUCAUUUUCGAACCAUUAAACAUAGUACAAAGGCUCGUUGAUCGAUUAUCGAAGGAUUAUCUGUACAAAGCCGAACAUGUAGUUAAUUCCAUCCUAAACUGUAAUUUUACAGAUGAUGCAUUUCUUCAAGAACUCUCACGUUACAGCAUUCACCGAGCAUCGAGUAGACCACUUGUUUCGCCGCCAUUUUGUAAAACACAGUACAGGAGGGCAAGUGAUUUUCUAUCAAGAGCAAAUUGGAAAUUAUGCGGCAAUGGAACGAUUUUGGCCAGUGUAUUGAACGAAUUGUGUGGUAAACAUAGACAUAUUGCCACAAAAAUUCUCCUAGAGCGCAUAGAACCCGCUGAUCUAACAUGGCUGGUGGACAACAACGGUUCGUCUUCAGUCAAUUACGUGUUGUACUUAGUGCGCGAUCCAAGAGCGAUGCUUCAUUCACGUAGUAGGAUGGGCUGGGUUGUUCCGAACGAACGUUUCAAACAAGGUCUACAAAAUGGAGAAGUUGAUGAUAAAGUAAGGAAAGUGUGCGACACAAUGGAACUGAACCUUGGCGCCGUGUUACUGGAACCACAAAAUAUCAAGUUAAUUCGUUACGAAGAACUGGCGGCAAACCCGGAAGCAAUUGUUCGCGAUUUGUUCAACGAACUUCGUAUUUCAACGUCGACAGAUGUAUUACAAUGGAUUCAUAACAAAACUCACGUCCACGGGCCGGUUAAAAUAUCGCCCCUUUCAUUAAUGCGCCAGGCAAAUGUGUCCAUAAAUGGUUGGCGAGCAAAAAUCGACCGCCAAUAUCUUCAAAUCAUUGAGACACGAUGUGCACGAGUCUUAAAGUACUUAGGUUACAUACCGACUCAGGGUUCUCAAGGAAUAUUGCAUAAUUUAAGCAGGCCGUUGUAUUUAAAAAAGAUGAGGGAUUUAAAAGAGACCUAUCAGUGGCUUGCUUUGUAGUAGAUGAACAAUUUAGUGUAUAAAAUGUUACUGUUGGGUUAUAUUUUGUCUUGCUACCAAAGGCGCAGAUGUCGAAUGAAUUGCG